AUGCCUAACGACGAAUUAUUCCACGAGAAGCAACGUCUGCAAUACUGUCUUGUCCACACAGUCAACAAUAUUCUUCAGAAAGCAGAGUUCGAUCCGGCGAAGAUGGAUGAGAUUUGUUAUGCUUUCAAUGAGAGCAAGUGGUUCAAUCCGCAUAGAUCCUGGAUCGGCACCGGCAACUACGACAUCAACAUUCUGAUGGCUGCUCUUCAACAGUAUGAUCUGAAAGUGAUGUGGUUUGACAAACGAGUUCCCGUCGAGAGGAUUCAUUUGAAUAAGCUGAGAGCCAUCGUCUUCAAUAUUCCAUCUCGGACCCUUUUGACACUCUACAGAGGACGUCAUUGGUUUCCGGUUAUUCAGAAGAAUGGAGUAUACUACAAUCUUGACUCAAAACUCAAAGAGCCAACCGUCAUCGACGACAUUCGAAAAUUCAUUCAAAGCCACGUGGAUCAAAAAGAGACGGAAGUGAUGUUGGUGGUGGAGAAUAGUGUCGACGAGGAGACCGUUGUCGAUAAAAGCUGA